AUGUAUAUGAGCGUCGUGCGCUGGCAAGAUCACACAAUCAUUAUUUCCGAUACCGAAGGUCUGUUAUCUCUAGAAGAAUCAGGCUCGAUCUUUGACAAUCGAAUGGUGUCAAUGGCAAUGCUAUCGUCGAAUAUCGUGCUCAUCAAUCACAAAGGCGAGUUUAGCUCGAAUCUUAAACACCUCAUUGGCAUGAGCUUCUAUGCAAAACUUCAAAUUCGAUCUCCGCUGAAGCCUAAACUUCUCUUCGUUCUGCGCGAUCAGUCGGAUACAAAUGUUACCGGUGUGUUUUUCCGACACUUGUCAAAAUUUAAGGAAAAUUUGUACAACGACAGCAAGUUUCUAAAAUCAUCCAUUGAUGAAGAACUUGAGAUUAAUGAUCAACAGCUUAUUCUGCUGCCAAAUGCGUUUUCAAGUGAUACGAAUCCUAUUUUGGCAAUUGAACAAACAUGGCGCAAUCGUACGUUUCCGACGAAAAUACUUGAGUUGCGAAAAAUGAUCUUUGCGAGUCUGGGCGAUACUAGUUUGCAGCCAUACACCGAUGUGUCUCAUUUGUACCAAAAGAUUGCAUGUAACUGGGAUGCUAUUGACAGGCUAGGACCAAAUUUACUAGCGUGCAAAACAUUGUAUGAACUAUCAGUGAUGAAUGAAUUGCGUGAUAUUGCCAAUGAAAUUAUUGUUGGCUGCAUUAAUAAUGUCAAUCAAGAAGGUCGCCUACGGAUCGAUCAUGUGCUAGCCGCGAUCACACAUGAAAAUCAAGGUGACUUUGACUCUGCUCACUUCACUGAUCAGUUCAAUGUGGCUCUCCAAAAACUCCAUGAAAAGAUCCUAGGCAAUGCUCAUACGGAAUUCAAUUCCAAAACAGAUCGAAGUUAUUUUCAACUUGAACUAAAGCAUAAAGUGCAGAAGAUGAUCGAACCACCAAUCAUGUACACACAGGUAAUACUGCGAGAUGAGUUUAACGAGCGCUUGCAUAGAGCUCGACAUGAUGCGCGCAUCUCGAGCGCACAGCGACGUCUCAUCGAUACCGUACAACAAAAAUUCGAUCAGAACACAAAUUUGUCUGUCGAUGACUUGAAAAGCAGAAUCGAAAUGGCCUAUGUCGCUGAACUUGAGGCGUGUAAUCGAACGAUGCAACCAGAAUUUGAAGAUCUCGACCAAAUUACUGACAAAAUUCUCAAGUUCUAUAAUUCGGCGUUGCAAAGGGUACGUGGGAGUCUGGUGUCAGAUUUGGCAGUGAUUGCGUUGAAGAUGUUGAUCGAUGACGCUGUCAAGAUUGAGCACGAACGUCAUAAGAAAGCGAACGAGAAAGCACGGAGCGAUUUGGCAGAGUGGAAGGAUAGCAUUAACAGGCAAGUUCAACUGAUGCAAAACUCAUUUGAACAAGGAAAAAAUGUGGCAAAUAUUGUUGCCGAAGAGAUUUUUGAUGAAGUCGGUCGAAUAUUACUUGCUAAAAUUUUGCAUGAUGUUACAGCCGAUAUUGUCAAAAGUCAGUUCAUUAAUCAUGAUGCUAUUCAACGUCAGGCGUACGAAGAGAGUAUUGGUCAAGCUAAUGGCGACAAAAUUUUAAAGUAUGUACUGGAUAUCAAUCGUUUUUUUCUCGAAUUAAGUCUGCGGGAGAUCAAGACAUCUCUUGUUGGUAUUAUUUAUGCACACACUUUGAAUGCCGAACAGAUGAUCGUUAGUGUAAUUACGAAAUCGAAUGACGUGGCGCAGAUGAGUGAAGUUGAUAAUAGUGACCUUCGAGUAGCCUUUGUCAUCAAACCCAAUGAUAUUAUUGGUUUUGGAACAAUAUGUUGUUUACUUGGCUUUCUUCUUUAA